AUGGUAUCGCAAUCAUCGUCGUCUGAGAGGGAAAGGGAAAGGGAGAGGGAGAGUGGGCAGAUGAAACAGGGAUUGGGAUGGAUGGAAUGGCUGAGAGGGUGGUUCUACUUGGCAUACGAAAUGCUUUUUCAGAGGAUAAUGGCCAGCCACUUGCAGAAUCCAAUGCCACUGUCCCCGCUCAACGAUAUCACCUGCAUCAUUACCGGAUCCACCAGUGGCAUUGGCCGCGAAAUCGCCAGGCAAUUGGCAGAAGCAGGGGCACACGUGGUGAUGGCAGUUAGGAACACCAAGGCUGCUCAUGAAUUAAUCAGGAAAUGGCAGGAUGAAUGGUGUGGACAGGGCCUUCCUCUAAAUAUUGAGGUGAUGGAACUUGAUCUGCUCUCCUUGGAGUCUGUUUUGAGAUUUGCUGAGACAUGGAAUGCACGUUCAGGACCUUUACAUGUGCUCAUCAAUAAUGCAGGGAUAUUUUCGAUUGGGGGUCCACUCUCCUCCACCCCUAGAGAAACUUCAACGAGUGAAGAUGAGACAAGUCCUACUAUGAGAGUAGAAGACUUGGAAGAAGAAAUCUCCACAAGUGUGGAGGCUGAAGAGUAUUUUGAAGAUAUACAUGAUGUAUAUGACCAAUUGUCUAGUGAGUCCAAGCAUAUGCAUGCAUCAUCAUCCAAUGGACCACAUGCUAGAGUGCACAACGCUCUUUCAAGUACUGGUCACAAGUUAUUGUUCAUCAGCAUUUUUCGUGAUGUUCCUAUUCAAUGGGCACUAUUUACUCAACCACAAAAGUUUUCAAAGGAUGGGUAUGAAGAACACAUGCAAGUGAAUCAUCUAGCUCCCGCGUUGCUUUCAGUGCUGCUUUUGCCAUCCCUUAUUAGAGGCUCUCCCAGCCGAAUUAUCAAUGUGAAUUCCAUUUGGGCCUAUUGGUUGAGGAUAAGCCACCUAGACUUGACCAGGAAAAAUGAUGAAGAAGAGGAUCAUCAGAAUCUCCAGGUUGCUGCUGAGAUUAGUAGGUGUCAGAUGAUGACCGUGAAACUUGUGAGACGGAUUUCGACUGGCUCUGAUGGUUACAAUCCUUUGAUGCAUCAUGUUGGAUUUGUCGACACAGAAGACAUGAAUGUUGUUUCUGGGAAAAGGAAGUAUACGAGUUUAGUUGGAUACUCAAACAGCAAAUUAGCACAGCUCAACCGAAUUGGUGACAAGUUGAUUUGAGUCAGCCAAGUUGGACUUGAGUUGCUGGUUUUGCUGCUUCGUCUCCGAUUCAUGGCUGAUUCGAGUGAGAAUCAUGUAUUUGAUUUAUCGUGUAUCAUUAUCAUUUCGGCGUGGAUCGAGAUGACUUUGAACCCUGCCUUCCUCCACAAAAUUAUUUAUUAGAAACAGGCAGAUUAAAUACUGUGGCUAUACCGUUGUGCAGACACAAUGAGUCAUGUUUUGAAGUUUUUCCAAAAACUCUUUCAAAAUGUGUUGGGGUUAUAGGACCUCACUCCUUAGCUUCUGAAUUUAUGCACUGGGGAACUAGCUUACCAGUGUUAUGCGAGGGCCUAUGAAUUUGCAUCCUCAACCUGCUU